CCAAUCACAGCUGAGUCACAUGUACAAACGGAGAAUGCUGGUUAUUGGCAUUUCUCCUCCUCUCGUGCUGUCACGCUGACAGCUCGAGAGGAGAGAAGAGCCGGGGACACUGAUGAUCAGUGUGGCCCCAGAAGUGCCACCUGUCAGUGCUCAUCAAUGCUGCAGACCAGUGCACAUCAAAUGCCACAUAUCCAGUGCCCAUCUGAGCUGCCUUUCAAUGUCUAGCCCGACCCAUCAGUGCCACCCCUAUCAAUGCCUAUCAGUGCCAUAUAUCGGUGUCAUGCAUCAGUGCUGCCU